AUGCAACCACGUCCGGAUGGUUCUACAGGAGAUACUUAUACUCAAAAAUCAAUAGGAAUAUUACCCUCAUCUUCCCUACUGUCUACGAAGAGACUGACUGAAAUAUCGACAACUUUGUUCAUAAAAAUUAAAACACCUACUACCACAUCUACUCCUCCGCGAACUACUAAGCAGCUAACUACUACCUCUUCAAAGCAAACUAUUUUUACCACUCGUAAACCAACCACUUCCACUUCUACACUAACUACUACCAUUUCUAUAGCACCUAUUACUACUCCCCAGUCAGUUACUUCCACUCUUCAACCAACUACUACCACUAAACAGCCAACCACUGCGACUCCUAAGCCAACCACUACAACUCCUCAGUCAACUUCUACCAUUCCUCAGCCAAUCACCACCACUCCUAUGCCUACUACCACUCCUCAGCCAACUACUUUCACUUCUAAGCCUAAUACUACUCCUCAGUCAACUACUACCACCCCUAAGCCUACUACUCCUCCCCAGCCAACCACUACCACUGCUCAGACAACUACUACCAAUUAUCAGCCAACCUCUACAACUCUUAUGCCUACUAUCACUCCUCAGCCAACCACUACCACUCCCCAGCCAACCACUACCACUCCUAAGCCUACAACCACUCUUCAACCAACUACUACCACUCCUCAGCCAACCACUACCACUCCUAAGCCUACUACCACUCCUCAGCCAACCACUACAACUCCUAAGCCUACUACCACUCUUCAACCAACUACUACCACUUCUAAGCCUACUACUACUCUUCAGGCAACUACUACCACUCUUCGGGCAACUACUACCAAGCCUGUGCCAGUCACUUCCACUCCUAUGCUAACUACUACCACCCCGGAUCCAACUACUACCACUCCUAAGCCAACCACUACAACUCCUAAGCCAAUUUCUACUACUCUUGAGCCAAUUAGAACUACAUCUAAACAAAAUGUAACAGCUACCCAGCUUACAACAACAUAUUCAAAGGUGACAACAGUUAUAACCGAAACUACGGAGAUCACUACACAAAAAGAGAUAGAGUCAAGUACAGAACGUGACGGCACAUUAUGCAAUUCUAAUUAUUGCUCGACUUUAGCUUACAAUAUGUAUGGAUAUAUUAAUCAAUCUGCAGAUGAGUGCAGCGAUUUUUACGAGUAUGCCUGUGGCAGUUGGGUAAAUGCAAGGGAACAAGCCAUCGAUGAAGGAUUUAUAGAUCCAUGGAGAAGAUCCGUUGAGGAGGAUAAGAAGACAGAGUUUCAUUCGAAAAUCAAAGAUAUAUUAGAACUACCCAUUUUAGAAGGGGAUCCAUCAUAUUCCAGGAACCUUAAGCAGUUAUAUUCUGCUUGUUUGAGCAAAGAUUCUGUUUUUGACGACAUUGCUGAGGAUGAAGGCCAAUCCGUAUAUGCUACUGCAAGAUCAAAAUUGCUCGAUGUCUUCACAUUCGAAAGGCAGCUACAUCAGAUCAUCCCUUCUAGCAAUAUUGAUAGCCAGGCAAGUAGUAGCAAUAUACAGUUUAGUGACCUGCAAAUUAGGUACCCUUCAUUGAAUUGGACAGAUAUAUUCCAAGAUGUAAAACCGAACACACCAGUCAAGAUUACACAUCCAACUUAUUUCUAUGGUUUGGAUAGACUUAUCGCAGAUACAAGCACGGAUAUUAUAAAAUUAUAUGAGCUGGUAACAGUAAUCAUUCGAGGAUUAUGGGAAUACCUUCCAUAUGAUAAGCGGACUUAUUUGUAUUUUAGUGAUAUCAGACAAGAGCGAUAUGAUUGGUUGAGUUGUGUCAAUUUCACCUUUGACCUUUUGAAUUCUGAAUUACAUACGGAGUAUUCCGUAAAGAUGUCGAGCGGUAUAGCUGAUGGAAUAGACGACACAAAAUUUAUGAUUGAUAAUAUAACAAAUAUUAUAAAAUUUAAUAUAGACAAUUCCACAGACAUCAGCAAAGAGACUAAACUGUCACUCUAUAAUAAAUUGUCUUCACUUCAAGCAGAGGUAGUACCAUUACCAAACAUCGAUCUAGCAUUCAAAUUAACACCUUCCAUAUCAUUUCUUCUUUCUGCAACUGAAUGUCUGAAGAAACGAUUCAAUGAAGACAUGACAAAACUGGGAAAAUCAACGAAAUCAGCAGUGAUUGAAUGGUCAGAUCUCAGACCUCAGUAUAACGAUAGGUUCAAUAUAAUAGAGCUGCCACUUGGACUAACCUCUUUGACGGUUGAAAAAAAGCCCUUAUUCCCUAUCUUAACAAGUGUAGGAUUUAGCAUAGCAUCGAACAUUGUAAAGGCAUUAUAUGGUUCCAUGGAUAUAGCUUUAGCAGAAUCAUGGUGGAGUUCAUCAUCUUCCUCAUUUUUUCUCGACACAUGGACUUGUUUUGACAAUCAACUUUCAUCAGACAUUAAUAGCAACAUCCGUUCAAGUACAGGAGAAGUAAUGAAUACAGACGGAGCACUUCAACUCAUCUAUCAGGAAUAUGAACGACAACUGGAAUCUGCAAUUACAGAGAGAUAUUAUCUUCCAAUGUUAUCUGCAACUCCGGAGAAAAUCUUUCUUCUGUAUUUUACACAAAAUUUUUGUGAAGUUCCAUACGGAGGUACACCAUCAAUGAGUAAAAAUAGAAUUAAUCACGUGCUUAAAAACAGUGAUUUCUUCCAUAAGACAUUCCAGUGUUCCUCUGAUAAAGACAUGCAUCCUGAGAACACAUGUUCUUUAUUAUAAGUCAUUGUCGAUGAAAUUUCACUUGUGAUUCAUUUACAGACGAAGUGAGAUGUUAUAAAGAUUAU